UUUGUUUCGGGCGGGCUGAAGGGCGUCCUGGCGGGAAAAGAGAGAAAACCCUUCGGUUCCAGAAUUCCUCUGUCAUUUCAGUUUCACUCAUUUGGUGUGGAAAGUGGAAACCCUCCGAGGCUCCGACUAGGGUUGAAUGGAUGCGCGAGCAAACUACCCCAGCGAUCAAUCUGCAGUCUGACUUCUUAUUCCGAAGUAAUCCGCAUCUGUAAUUUCCCGGCGAAGUAAGGCAGCGGGAUGUCUAUCGAAAACCCUAACAAGAAAAUUCGCAUCGAAGGAGAAGCGAAAGAACCACAAAUCGACCGAUUGAGCAGUCUUCCCGACCACGUCCUUCACCACGUUCUCUCCUUCUUGGACGACACCCGAUUCUCCGUCCGAACCAGUGUCCUCUCCAGCAGGUGGAGAUCCCUGUGGAAGCACGUUCCCCGGCUCACUCUCGACAUAGAUUUCUUCAGCAGUGCUUCAAGUUUCGCCAGGUACGUCGACGGAGUCUUGUCCUCUCGUCCCAACGGCAGUAACAUCGAUGAGAUGCACUUCUUUCACUGGGGAUUUCCCCUGGACAAAGAGCUGUUCCACAGGGUCGUGAAAUUUGCUGCGUCUAGCAAUUGUCAAGAGUUAAUAGUUAGUGUACACUAUCAUGAAAUUCUUGAGCCACAUUUGUUUGUACCUCUAGCUGAUAGCAAUCUCAGAACACUGCGGUUCAGAUGCGCAACUUUGGGAACUGGAUUCGGAUCUUGUGCUUUCAGCACGCUGAGGGUUUUGGAUUUGGAUGAGUGUUGCCUGCCUUGUGGCAGCGCGGCUGACCUUGAUCCUUUCGCUAACUUUCCCUGCUUGGAAAAUUUGACAUUGUGUGGGUGUGCAAUGGAAGAUCGUCAAUGUUGCUUCAAGAUCUCUGGACCCCGAUUGGUUAAACUCCAGAUAUAUGCGCUUUGUUGUUCUAAGUUGGAAAUAUUUGCGCCAGAGCUUAAGUUCUUCGAUAUCAUGGAUAUCGCGAAAUCCCCAAUAUUGUACAAGUUAGCCCUUCCUUCCCUUGAUCACGGUAUAAUUUACUUGCUUGAUAACGACCGUGUUGAAAAGAACAAGGAAGAAAUGAAGGCUAGUUGCAUCAGCUUGUUACAGGGUCUGCACAAUGCGAGUUCUUUGAAUGUGCAUUCUCAUUUUCUCGAGCUAUUGAGCAGCAAUUACGACUUUUUGGAGGAUCAAUCUUCUCCCUUUACCAGAUUGAAAUCUUUGAAAGUGUCGCCAUAUUUUCCUGAGUUCCACUAUAUGUUAUUAUCCUACCAUGUGAUCAAGUACUUCAUGAAAGGUUCUUCCCGUCAUGGACCAGAAACUAUUGAAUUUGUCUAGGUAAUUCACAAAACCUGCUUCCUUACUCAUAAUUGUAUCAGUUUCCUAGAUACCAUUCUCUUCCUUCAUACUUGACAACAUCCAUAGAUAUCAAUUAUCUUGUUUUCAUCCAUGUUUAGCUUAAGUGGGAGCCUUUCUUAUGUUUAUACUUGAGACUUGAGAUUGCAGUAAUUGAACUUAGGUUGUUCAUUAAUUUUGGGCAUGAGCUCUGAACGUAAAGACCGUACUGAAAGCAUAAGUCUCGCCUGAAUUAUGAUGCUGCUCAAAUGUAUAAUCUUCCCACCUUUUGCUUGUAGAAUGAGUUGAAAUUUUGGCUUCGUUUUUUGCCGCAUGAUAUAUUAGACAGUAGAAAGUUUUUUUUAUGUGGAACUAGAUUAUGUUAUGUUUAGUAUCUAUAGCAGUGGCAGAUUGAAUGUAGGAAACAUGGGUAUAAGAUGUUUAAUAUAGCCUAGAUUGGACAUUGCAACGGUGUGGUGGGUCUAUCUCUCUCUCUCUCUCUCUCUCUCUCUCUCUCUCUCUCUCUCUCUCAUAACCAUUGUUAGAUAAGAGAUCCAGACUCCUAUGGGAAAGGUUUUGUCCUAUGAGAUAUGAAUAUAUAUUAUCAUAUGAGAUUAUUAAAGUAUCCAAGGAGGGAUUGGAACUAAGGAUGGACUUACUAACAAUGAGGAGGUGAGGAUCCUGAUAAUGCUUAGCCUAAAUAUUAUUUGUGUAGUUACACUUCCACGUGAUGCUUAGCAUUCAAAUCUUAUUAAGAUGUUGGCAAGCUUUCACCCGAACUCACAAGAAGAGAUGUAGGAUGAGCAUUAUCCUAAGCAGCAAUUCUGGUUUCUCUCUUAUCUUUCCCCAUGGCGAGGAGCCUACUUCUCUGUUGGUCCUUUUUGCCCUUCAUUAGGCUGGAAAGACUCCAGCCAAGAGUCGCGUGUUGUUUCUGUAUCACCAUGCUAUUUAUUUCCUUUCUACCUGAACCUUUCUGCAAUGUGCAUUCCCGCAUCGUUUUAGCCACGUUGCUACAAUGCAGUUAGGCAUUGUGGAUGCUUUGCAAUGUGCAUGAGUGUUUAUUCUUGUACCUCAUUAGUGUACAGGUGACAGUCAUUUCUUACAUCUACGAUCCCGUCCACAGCACUGAUAACCUGUUUGUGUUCUGCAGGAGUCUGAGUGUGCAAUAUGCAAGUAAAACUCCGGAGAACUGAGCUAACUGGGAUCUGAGGGAUUGUACUGCCCUUGUUGUUACACAAGUCGCCUAGGUGAAGAUCCUUUUUGAACUCGAGUAGUCUCGGGUCUAGCUUUUUUCGGAUGUCUUUCGUGAAAGUAGUCAAAGUACACAACAGUACUCGUCAACAGUCACCCAAUUAGGACGUACUAUCGUGCAUCUGAUCUAAUGAACCAGUAGUAACCUAAUUUUCGUUUAUCAGUCGACAGUUCUCACCUUUGAAAAACAUCACAGUUCUAUCUGUGCAUGUUAUGAUUAUGGCUCUUGCAGCUGAUUCGAGUGGGUUUCUAGUCAUGACCGCCUUGCUCCGCAUCGUUGAUGCUGGCCGUGAUUGAAUCAAUGUGGAGAUCUUAUGCUCUUGUAAUAAGGUUACGUUUCGUUUCUUCUUGAGCGGAUUGAGCUGUGGAUUCUUCACAGAGCGGACACUGUGAACUCAAACAGCUCAGAAUUUACCAUUAUUGGUUGGACUUAGAGUCUUAGACCCAUGGGCCUUGGCUCAGAGACGAAUAAAAAAAUCUAGUUGGAAUUCGGCACCUUCUCCGACGAGCAAGUCGGGUUACAAACGAGAAGGCACCAGAUAAGACUGCGAGAAAAAGGAACGAAAUGUCAUGCUUGCACUUAUCUGAGGUCCCACUAAAGAAUAUAACACUUUUGUUAUU